GGGCUGGUUUUGCAGCAGCCACAACGGGAGAUCCCAUCAUGCUGCCCGCGGAUGAUUGGACGUUGAGAGGUGCAGUUGCAGUUGCAGUUGCAGUUGCCUCACGGAUCGAUGUUUCCUUUUCGUUCACUUCACGAACGUUGCUGUCCUGCUGUCCUCCCGUCCUCCCGCUCUCCACCUUCAGGAGUCACUCACUUACCUGUCAAGUGCCGAGUCAUGUUGUCGUCGUCCAUUCGCUUCCGCCUGCCCCCUGGCCGUGCAAGUGACGAUCCAUCGUGCGUACUGUACUGUACUGUACCUUAAAUCCCGUAUUAUUAUCCCAUGCUACUCGCCGGUCGCGCAAGAAAUUAAUCCACCCCGGCCACCACACGCCAAGACCCGCUCACCAAAGGGGGGGGGGCUUAACAUCCCAGCGA